AGCAAACGAACACCAUUACGACGUAGCGAAUGGGCCAUACAAUCACGUUCAUUCACAUACUAGUGCUCGAUUUUCGUUGUCGGCGCGCUCAGUUAGAUGAGGUUGGCAUACCCGUCUUCCAUGGAACACUUGGGGGCGGGGGACGCUACCUUUUUGGCCACGACGAAGGCAACCAUUCCGACCACAAACGACACGAGCGCCGCGGACGCCAUCGGGAGCGUCGACUGGACUUGCUCGCUCGCACGCAACAAGACUUCAGCCAAUAUCGUCGAGUGGCUCACCCCUUGGCUAUUGAGGAACAUCUUGUACACACUCGACUUCUGGCACAGGACAAACCCGCACAGGAUGGACGCAGCACGGCCGAGAGUUUUCCCGACGGCGGUGGAGUACUGCGCUUGGAGUGAGUAGCAUUGGAGAACGGCCUGCAUGCAGUCGCACUUGAGCGAGAAGAUGCGGUACAAGCACGCGAUUGAGUACGGUUGAUUCACUUGAACGGCGGUGGGGGAUCCAUCGAGAGAGUCCUCGAACCCUUCGCACAUGCCCGAGAACGUCGCCUGGAAUGCCAAGUGGUUGAGGUACUGCCGGGCAUUCGAGUACUCGAACGGACCAGGUUGGUACACGCCGUGGGCGUUCUCUUCCGUCGGGUGAGGAAACACGAGCCACUCCAUGUUCUUGACGCCCUCGACAUCGUUGGGUGUGAUGGACACCCCCGACACGCCCAACGCCCCGUCCAGCGUGAACGUUUGGCUGUCCGGGUCGAAGUGUGGGAGACCUGAGAUCGUAAACAGAUCCAAGUGCUUCGAGGGCACCUUCUUGAACGAGAUUGUGAGCGGCGUCGCGGCAUCUCCGUUCGCCGCCGAGUCGAUCACGACGUCGUCGCACUUGCCCGUGUCGUGGUUCACGUAGCGGAUCAAUAGAUCUUGGAGGUACGCAAAGUCGUCAGCGCGGUUCUCGUUCAAGUGAAAUGGCCCGCCAUGACGGGCGGCGUCAUGCGCUAGUGUCUUUUCCGCGACGCACACAUGGUCGGCCGCGACCGCCGUCGCCUUGGGAUUUGGCUUGAGGGUCACGUGGCAGUUAACGCGCUUGGUACAGGAACCGUCAGGGACGGUGCUGGCCAAGGCUGGAUGCAAGAUCGAGUGCCCGAUCGUUUGCUUGAGCUCGGUUAGGUAAUUCAUCAGCACGUUGUGGCAGCGGACCUUGAGCCCACCGAGGCCGUUGGCGUCGUCAAGCGCGUUGAAAUCGAGCGAUGCAUCGCCUCGUUCGACGUUGGCGCAGUACCUCAAGUACAUGUCAGCACGGACAAACGUUCCGCCGACGACGUCGUUCGGGUUGUUGUUUCCGUUGCCUCGGUCGUCAAAGUAGAUGGGCACUUCGACCAUGACUUUGGACCACUGGAUAAAGUAUUCGUCGGGGAGGACGCAUGAGUACCCGACGUGGGUGCGGUUCCCGAUCACGUCGAAGUCGUGCGUACCAGCAAUGUACCCUUUGGUCAGUCGCAGUUGGUUCUCCGUCACGUCCAGGAGCUUGGCGUACGUCGACUUGUAGUACGUGACAAGUUGGAGGAUUUCGUGGGCGAGACACGAUGUCACGCACGCCGAGUACCCGCCGAGGUAGGUGAAGGCUCCCCAAGGGUCUUUCUCGAACGCGUCGUACGAGUCGUUUCUUGAACACUGCGACGCACACCCGCGAAAGUGCGCAAACACAGCUUUGUGAUGGUUUGGGUCGAAUGCCUUGAACGGCGGUUUGAACUGGACCACGCCCCCGCGGUGGUGGUGUUCCUCUGUCGCAGCCGUCGUGGCCGCCACUGCUGCCGACGCGACAACCCAAUGCGAGAGUGGUCGCAUGGCAAGGCGCUGUGCAAA